CUGCACAUCUAUUAGUAUCACCCACAAAACAUUUGGCCUGGGGCCUACGUACUCAGCUUCUAGUGCAAUCAAGUGCUCACUAGUUGAAAUGAGGAUCUUAAUCUUAUUAUCCUACCGAAUGUGAAUCAUGGCAGAUGUUCUUAUCGCUGCUGUGCAACACCUAUGAGCCAUUCACUAGCAAUGCAUUCAGUGUUAUCAGCCUUCUCUCACUACAAACUCAUCGUAAACGAAAUUCUCAUCAUGGCACGUCUCUGUCACUGUUUAUGACGUCAGUCUCAGCUUUGUUGACUCUUCUGGCUAUCGGCUUUGAAGAUGUCGGACUCAACAACAAUCAACAACACGCUCGCCAGCCCAAUCGGGUCCCUUGCCUCCAGUCCCGGCAGCACCCUUGCUUCCCAAUCCGACACUCCUCCAGCGCGGCUGAGCGCCAGCAGUGGCUUUGGCUUCGCCUCCGCCUCCGCCUGUAUUAGCGAUAAUCCCGGCCAUCUCGAAAGCGAUCCUUCCAGCCUUGUGGAGCACAGCCACUUCAGUGACGACUCUACAGACAGCAUGGAGGACUACGAUAUCGUCAGUGGAGCCAGCUCCCCAAGCUCCCUGUCCUUCCAAAUCGUUGAGCCAGAACGAGAGAAGCUCUACCCAAUCGCCAUCACCAUAUUCGUGGGAAGUCCACGUGCUCAGAAAGAUCGACCCGUCCAUCUCAGCUGCAUCGUGCUCACAUCAGAUUGGCGCCAGGACUUUUUUCCAAACUCGUGCAAAAACAAAGCCGACAAGGCAGUGAAAUGCAAAGACAUCAUAAAGUACAACGAGCAAUGCCUUCCUCAGAUCGCCAAAUUUGCCUGUGCAAUUUGCUCUGAGCCGACCCGCGCCCGAAAAUUCGUGCAUCAGCCCAUUAUGUUUACCCGAACCAGCAAAUCCGGACUGGAGGAUGGACCCCGACGCCGGCUGAUCAUGCGAUUGGGACAGCUUGUUCAUAGUCGGUGGAAGUUCCCUGACAUGAAUGCCACGCUUGGCGGUGCCGCGGAAGCUCAAGUCUUCGAAGUCGCCAUUCCGGUGUGCAACAGGCCAGCCUGCGGCAUAGCAGGUCGGACGUCUGCCCACCAACUCAUCCGGGCCAUUGUCUCGUCCAAUGCGGACUUGGAUCCAUCAGUGCUGGACCUUGACAUGGUUAUUCCCUUGGCUGAUUUAGGGGCUGGCAUAGGAGAUUGGACGCCAGAAAGAGCAGAAGUUUUGGUGACGAAGCUAGGGCCAGACUGUGUGCCUCUGGAGGUGCAGUCGCAUGUCGAAGCAUGA